AUGGCAAACGGAAAGAACGAGAAAGAUGCAGUUGCCCUAUCCGUGCCUAGCAAAGGGGGGGAGCCAACAGACCAGGCAAAGAAAGAUGUAAAGAAGAAGAACGCAAAAGAGAAACAAGAGGAACUGUCUGAAGAGGAUAGACAAAAGAAGGAAGAGUUGGAGCUCCUCGUUCAGAGAGCACAGGAGCUGCGCGGCGUGCGCGGCAGAAGAUUGGGCCCUGUUGUAGCAGCAGGAUUGUGUGUGCCGAUCAUUGUGAAGUGCGAUGACGAUGUGAAGUUGACCACCUACAAUGUCUUAUCUCCAAAACUUGCAUCUCAGAGAAAUUUUCCGGCUGUCAACAGCCAGGAUUUGGAGAAGGAUGUGCGCUGGCCCAAAAUUUGCGAUCGCCUCCAAAAAGCAGCUGAUGAAGAUCGUAUCAUAGCACUGCAAGAAGUUGACUUGGAGUGGGCUGGCAAGCUCCAUUCCUUCUUCGCAGAACGCGGCUAUGCUGUUGUUUUUGCGCAGUACGGCAACAAGAUUAGCGGAUACAUGGGGGUAACGCUUGCGUGGCCAACCAAGCUUUACGAGGCCUUGGACGUCGAAAUCAGCAAAAUGACAGAUACUGCGCCGAAAGAUGCGUGGCCAAAGUCACAGCAACAGUCUCUUUCAAACUUUGGCUACAUGACGUACGACGGCUUGGUGGAGGUCCUUGGAUGCAGACCUCCCGUGCAGGGCAGCAGUGACGACGAGUGGAAUUUGGCGCAGACCCGUAACAAUGAGGCUAUUUUUGCCAAGCUAAAAAUGCGGGGAACUUCAAAUACCUUCACUGUCGGAACGUAUCAUAUGCCUUGCUUGUUUGGAACUAGAGAGAAAGUUCGAGCACUGAAUAUUCAUACCCGCUUGUUGAUGACGAGGUUGGGCAAAUUUGCGCAGGGUACCCCUGUUGUGCUCAUGGGCGACUUCAACCUAAUGCCAGGCACUUCUUCGUAUCAAGUGAUGGAGAACGGUGGCUCUGCAGAAGGCAUCCAAAGAGAGGCUGCAAAGCAAGAAGUGUGCAUGUUGGAUGGUCGGCUCCCACCGUCUGACUUAAGCCGCCUGCAAAGCGCGUACAAGGUUUUCUAUGGCCAAGAACCUCUCUUCACAAACUACACUUUGCCAGCAAAAGGUCAAGAACCAUUCGCAGCUACAUUGGAUUACAUUUGGUUCAGCCCAGAAAAGCUUCGAGUGGUUGCAUGUGAGAAGCUGCCACAGAAAGAAGAUGUCAAAGGUCCUUUUCCAAGCGAAGAUGAGCCGUCUGAUCAUUUACCGUUGCAUGCGUUUUGCAUCUUGAUGCUGUGCAGACCUGGCUGUGCCUCCAAAGCGCUUGACUUCUGCUGCAAGCAGAUGCAAGUACCAAAGCCCUUGAAGUUCCUACGGCCCCACUACUCAACUUUGACCGAGCACUAUGCCAAGAUGCCUGCGAGCGACUUGAAGCGUUUCUUUGCUGACGUUCUCUCCAUCUUGUCAACGACAAUGCAAAAAGAAGGGCAGCGACCCGAGCAUGGUGGCAUCAUUCAACGUGACGUGCGACGUCGUUGCUGGUCCCGCCAAGCUCUGAAAUACAGGUUGGAAGGUACUAAGGAGUUCAAAGAGCGAACCGAGAAAAGUGCUGAUGUAGGCGACCUUCUGUCCUUGGUCGAGGAGAUUGUGCCGUUCAACAUGCAGCACAAUGCAGAAGUAGAUGCCAUCGACCUCCUUUGUGAGGUUGAAAAGGUUCAAACGAUAGAGAAACUAUGUGAAGAGCCUUCUUUCAGCAGAGUUUGUCUCUACUUGCAAGGCCUCGCUAAUUUUGCUGCUACUCAGGCGGACAAGGUCAUGUACUUUCAAGUGUGUAUGAAUCUCUACUUGAAGUACAAGGAGUACCCUGGAGCCCUCAGAGUAGCUCUGAAGCUCAAUGACCCAACGCUGGUUGCCAAUGUCUUCAGUGCAUGCGAAGCUGACACCUCAGUGUUUUGCUUGGCAAAGAUUUCCCGACGGAAGUUCAACCAUGACUUCGAAGAGGAUGACGAGCUGAAGGAGAUUGCCUCAGGUGAGAGUCUUUCGAAGCAUUUCAUCUCCUUGGCCAAGGAGCUGGAUGUCUUGGAGCCAAAGCUUCCGGAGCAGAUCUACAAAUCGCAUUUGGAGGAAAAGCGCUCCACAGCUGUCCUGGACUCUGCGAAGCAGAACUUAGCUUCAUCCUUCGUGAACGCUUUUGUCAAUGCUGGCUUCUGCAAGGACGAGCUCAUGACAAUUGCUGAUUCAAAAUGGGUCUACAAGAACAAGGAGCAGGGCAUGAUGAGCACUGUCGGCUCUCUUGGUGCCUUGCUGCUUUGGGGCAUCGACGAGGGCCUCACACAGAUCGACAAGUAUCAGUGGAGCUCCGACGCGAACUUGAAGGCUGGAGCAUUGUUGGCCUUUGGCCUUGUGACGUGCGGUGUUAAGAAUGAGUGUGAUCCAGCAUGGGCAUUGCUGGGCGAGCAGUUGGAAGCAGAGGAUGCGCAGCUCCGUUUGGCGGCCGUCGUCGGACUGGGUUAUGCCUAUGCUGGCAGCUGCCGAGAGGACCUGCUUGAAAAUUUGACUCCAAUGAUAGUGGAUACGGCCUGCAGCAUUGAAUGCUCCGCUAUGGCAGCAGUGAGUUUAGGGUUGGUGUUUGUAUCUUCUUGCAACGAAGAGGUUGCCCAGGCCAUCCUGCAGACUCUCAUUGAGAGACAAGCAGUCGAAAAUGCUUUGAGUGGAACAUGGCCACAUUUCUUUGCCGUUGGUUUGGGUUUACUUUACCUCGGCCAGCAGGAUGCAGCAGAAGCAACACUCUCUGCAUUGGACGCAAUUACCCAUCCGAUGGGAAAGUAUGCCAAGUUGACCGUUGAAGGCCUGGCAUUUGCCUACUCUGGCGACGUCCUGCACGUGCAGAAGAUGUUGCAGGCAUGCACAGAUCACUUGGAAGAAGCAGAAUCUUUCCAUCAGGCCACCGCUGUGUUGGGCAUUGCCUUGAUUGCAUUUGGUGAAGAGAUCGGUGCCGAAAUGGCCUGCCGGUCCAUUGACCACAUUCUGCAAUAUGGCGAGCUGACGUUGAGGCGGGCUGUUCCUUUGGCUUUGGCAAUUCUGCACCUGUCCAACCCCAAGGUGUUGGUGAUCGACACCCUUGCUAAGUUGUCCCACGAUGCGGACCAGGAUGUGGCAAUGGGCGCCAUCAUUAGCAUGGGCUUGAUAGGUGCUGGCACCAACAACGCGAGGUUGGCUGGUUUGUUGAGGCAGCUGGCGGCCUACUAUGCAAAGGACCCCAAUGCAUUGUUCAUGGUGAGAAUCGCUCAAGGCCUGCUCUACAUGGGAAAGGGUUUGCUCACCAUCAAUCCACAGUUCAGCGAUCGCUUCUUAGUCGAUCCUGUUGCCUUUGGAUCCUUGACGGUACUGGCGCAUUCGGUGCUGCACUUGAAGAACACUAUUCUGGGUAAAAGCCACUACCUCUUGUACAACGUGGUACCGGCCAUGCGACCAAGAUGGCUGAUAACAGUCGAUGAGGAUAUGAACGAGUUGAAAGUGGCUGUUCGAGUUGGUCAGGCAGUGGAUGUCACAGGCAUGGCCGGCAGGCCGAAGCAAAUCACUGGCUUCCAGACCAGAACAACGCCGGUGCUGCUCAAUUUCCAGGACAGGGCCGAGCUGGCCACAGAGGAGUACUUGCCAGUCACACCUGGUACGAUCUUAGAGGACUUCGUCAUCCUGAAAAAGAACCCAAACUUCAAACCCGCGGAUGUUCAAAACUGCGGAACGCAUGACUUUCGACGUGCUAGCAGGGACAUUACGUGCACAGAAACACCCUGCUAUUCGGUUCUGUCAUUGGUCUUUUAUGCAGAGAAGAGCUCUUUCGAUUGCGCCUUGCAGUUCGACAGCUUCGUGAUUUGCUGCCAGUUGAGGAGGCCAAUUCGAGUGUACUGCCGCUUUCGAGCCCAAAAUGAUUCCGAGGAGUUUCGAGGAGGGCAAGAGGUCUGGGAACACGCCGGAACCCCGAUUCCAAACACCGUGAAUGUGGCGCCCUCCACCGCUGCAACUCUUGGACCAGUUCCAGAGUAUACAUUUGAUCGUGUUUUCGGCCCAGAGGCCUCCCAAGAUGACGUAUAUGCAGAAAUAGUCCCAGUUGUACAGGAGGUGCUUGAAGAUGGAGGCAAUGGUAGCAUCUUGUGCUACGGCCAGACAUCUGCAGGCAAGACCUUCACAAUAGAGGGCGAGGAGGAAGAUCGACGUGGUAUUCUUCCUCGAGCCUUAGAAACAGUCUUCGCUGCGCUGAGUCCUUUACCUCUGAAGGAUCUGUCUAUUCACGUCUCCAUGCUCGAGAUCUACAUGGAGAGAUUGCGAGACCUGCUGGUGGAUGGGACUGACUUGAGUGUUGCAGAAGACAGACAUCAGGGUGUUGUCGUUCGGGGCCUUCAAGAAGUUCCUGUCCAGACUCUGCAGCAUGCGAUGGAGGUAUGGCAUCAUGGCCGCCAGCAGAGGAUCACUGCCGCAACAGGCAUGAAUGAUCGCAGCAGCAGAUCACACUGCAUCUUCACGCUCCACGUGGCGCGUGACGGUGUAGCCUCAAAGCUUAGCAUUGUUGACUUGGCAGGUUCAGAGUGCGUGAAGAAGAUCUACAUGCCUGGCAAGUCAAAUGCUGCAAACAAAGAGACAGCAGAAGAGGCAAAGGCAAUAAAUCAAAGCCUGUCAACCCUUGGGCUGGUGAUCAAUCGAUUGGCCAAGUCAAAAGGGAGGAACGUUGACUCUCAUGUCCCUUAUCGGAGUUCGAAGCUGACUAGAGUCCUGCAGGACAGCCUAGGAGGAGGCUCUCGAACAGUCCUUUUGCUCAACUGCUCAAUUUCGUCACUGCAGGUGGCUGAGACACUUUCUACUCUUCGAUUUGGGACGCGAGCCAGAUCUUGUGUCAAUGUGGCAGCAACAGGAAAUUGCGAGGAACCGAUGCUUCUAAAAACACUUCGGCUUGCACGACAAGAGCUGCAAAGAUUGCAGGCCCGAGUUUGGCCACGUGAAGCUGAUGAUGAGGAUGAUACUCCAUUCUCUGGGCUUUCUGCCCUAUCACAUGAGCAGGAGUCUGUGAGCAUUGUGGAGUUCAAUUCUCCUGAGUCUGGUGCACAUCGUCCAAGGUUCGUGCAACACGGCUUGGAACUGAGCCUGGUCCAAGAAGCGGAAGGCAGCGAAGAGAAUGAGGAAAUUCCUUGUCCCAGGCUAUCGAUUGCCAGCGGUUUCCGACGUUCAACUUGCUCCCGUAGAACUUCUCGGCGGCUGUCAUGCCACUCUCGGCAGUCAGUUGUGGCUGCGUGCAGCAACCCAGCUUCACUGCCAACAAGCCCGCGCUGGCAUCAGGGCCUCUAUUUCUCUUCUGUGUCAUUCUGCGGCACCGACGGGCAGACAGAAUGUUGGGAACAUCCUUUGACAAAAUCGGAGAAGCGCAGCAGGUUGAUUUCGAUUUUGGCGAAAGAGUUGAGCGGAGCUGACACAGAGUUGAAGGAUGUGCAAGCGCUGGCGAAUGAUUUGCAGCGUCGAUGCGAAGCCUUGCAAGCAGAGACAGAAUGGCUUGGGGCUGAGCGCGAUGCUGCAGUGAAGUCUGGAAGCGGCGAGAGUCCCUUUGAGUGCAAGCCUGCAGGUGUCUCCUUGACGAGCGGUUUGCAAACUCUUCAGACCAUGCACAGUGUAGCAGAAGAUGCAGAAGGCAUGGGACAGCAUAUGGAGCAGUCAUUUGAAGAGGAGGCCAGCACCAAGGUCAAAACUGAGAAUGGAACGGAGGCAAUCACCAACUUGGAGAGGCUGCAGGAGUUAGAACAGCUUCGGCUGGAAAAGCAACGUCUGCAAACAGAGACUCGAAACUUAGAGGCUGAUAAAGAGCAUCUCGUUCUUGAGAGCAAUGAGAUGUCGAAAAGAGUGCAGUCGGUCGAAGAGCGCAUGAUAGCGAUGACUGCUGAGUGCCGCAAGAUGGAGGAAACCAGCGAGGAGCUUCAGCAGAAAAAUGCAAAGCUGAAUGCGCAGCUAGAGCGAGAAACAGCUCGGGCAGAGAAGGCUGAAGCUCAAUGCAGUGAGCUAGCUAACGAGUCGCGCAAGACUUUGUCAGGGCUGGAACAUGCCAAGCAGCAGCUCCAAGGAGAGAACAAGCAGACGCAGGCCAGCCAGCCCAUGCUUCAACUGAAUGCACACGACAGCACCAAGAUUGAGCGAAGUAUGGAAGAACGAAUUCAGCACCUGUGCUCCGAGCGAGACCAGUUGCGCGCUUCCAGUAGUUCAUUGGCCUUGGAACUGCAACAGGCCCUUGGUGCUGUGAAGAAUUUGGAGCAGCGCUUGAAGAAAUUCCACGAGACAGGGCGGCAGGAGCACGGAAGGCAACCGGAAGCUGAGAACAAGUUGCAUUCGAGAUCAACAAAGUCAACUGAGGUGACGAGAAUUCCUUUCCGCGCCAGUGGCAAAUGUGUGUGGACGGUUUUGCUGCUUCUCCACACUGUUUGGGUUCUUCAGGCUAGCGAGAAAAACAACGUUGCAAAAUACGGUCUUGGCGAAGAUCCAAGAAAUCUCAGCAUCGGCUCGGAUGGCGACGGCUUUUCGGUCGGAGUUCCUUUUGGUCAUGGAGUUGAGGAGACUGCGAAGUUCACGGAAUCAAGUGAGAAAGAGGGGAGCAUUGACGAAAUGGUGGAGAUAGCCCCGAGCAUAUUUGAUGAUGAAGAUCGUGAAGAUCAGCAGCAUGAUACUAGCCUGCAAGAACAGCUCAUUCUCUCAGUGAAUAAGGAGCCAACUCUGCCACAGAUCACAAGGCCACAAGCCACACAGGAAAAAGAUGCUGUGGCUUGGUCAGCCCUGCCAGUUCUCACUGUUGUGGAUGGUUGUGGAGCUUUUUCGGAUCAAAGACGGGCAGAAAGGAUUCCUACAGGAGAGCACCAGCACUACAUCCAAUGUCACAGCCCUCGAUUUGCUUGUUGCAACAAGUCCAUCGACCCAGUCCCUGAAGAACUCAAAGAUCUCAAAGCAUGCGAUCUCAUCGCAAACGAGAGCAAUAGCACGUGGCUCUCUGCAGCAGAGGUAGAGCAUUUUCUGGGAGACCCAGAUGUGCUACAUGCCAUUGCCCUUAUCCUUGGCAUUGGUGCGAUUGUUUGGGGUCGAAGGCUGCCACAUAUGCUUGCUGCAGUUGCGUCGACUAGCUUGGGGCUCUGGGUUGGCCUUGUGGUGCAGGACAGGCAGCACUUUGACGCUCCGUUAUUUGGCAGCGUCGACCUUCCAGAAGGCAAGUGGUUUCCAUGGUUUGCUGGAAUCACUGCAGCUGCAGCAGCUGCGAUUCUCAGUUACUUUACUUGGAAACUUGCUCUUGCUCUCUUAACGGGUGGUCUCUUCACUCUCAUUGCACUUGCAGCAUGUCGUGUGGCAAACGUUUCACCAGAAAAGGUGUUUCAGCUGGGCUCCAGCCUGCUGUCAUCCUACAGAAUUGUAGGUGCCGUAGUGCUGACCUUAUCUGUCAUCGCCUUUUUCUUGCUGGUGCGAAAGUGCCAUGCACAAAUGGCCGAGUUCGCAUCUGCGACCCUUGGGACAUUGCUGUUACUGUCUGGUGUGCCGUCCUCUUUAAGUAUGUGA